GGGACCCUCCCUGGGACGCCGCAAACACUGCUUCGCCCCCCGCCCGCGCUAUCUUCGCCUACUACCCGCGUCUCCCCUCCGCCAGCUGAACUAGAGCUGCUACAGCACCCUGAUGCCGACGAGCGCUGGCGGCGGGCCAAGGAGAUAUUCGCUUAUCUACAGAGAGAGAGGAAGGCUUCAGAUCAGCGAGAACAGCGCCUGCGGGAGGCCGCUACGCGUACUCUACAACUGCAGGCGGAGCAGACAGAGUUCGAACGAGCCAGGAGACGUCCCGCGGCCACAUGGUUUAUCAAUUUAACCAGGGCCACCCGCCACCGCAACCAUUCAGUGUUGAUGAUAUUGUAGCAGUAACAGUGCCUCCUGAGGACCGCCAGGGCUCCAUGCAGGCGGUGAUUGGUGUGAUCCAUGAAGCAGUAGGCACUGGGUAUCGUGUCAAAACACCUCUUGGCAUCAUAUCUCGGUGUUUUCCUCCACAUUCGCUCACCCUGCUAGAUAUCUCACAACGUCCUGAUCAGCUUGAUACACCCGAAGCGAACAGCUCAGUAACACUACGCAGUGUUGCUCGCAAGACUGGUCUUUCAAUAGGUGUUAUUAGUGCUCGCUGCGGGUGCAGAGGAGCCUGUGCCAACAACAAGUGUGCCUACCACCGGGCGGGGACUGAAUGUACCGGUAGUUGCCAUAGGGGCACACCGUGUUCGAAUCAACCGCAGCAGGGUAAGUCCUCUACUGCUACUACUGCUGCUGCAGGCGGAGCAACACGCGGAGCAACACGCGGAGGACGUGGCAGGCGUAGUAGGCGUGGCGGGCGUGGCGGGCGUGGAGGAGGACCCUCUACUGCAGAGGCACCUGCUACUGCAGAGGGACCUGCUACUGCAGAGGUAUCUACUACUAUAGAGGGACGCGGAGGACGCCGAGGACGCGGUAGGCGCGUAAGACGAGGCAGUAGGGUGGCCCGGGACGGUGGUAUCACGCGUUCGGGGCGGGUGAGCAGGCUAACAGCGCUCGCGCGCGGUGACGAUUGAUUGAGAUACCUUGGCGGACUUGUAUAAGGUUCGUGAUAGUUAGUAGUCUUCACUUUCUCCGAUAUUCCCCGAAAAAAUUGGUGUAAAAUAGCGGGGAACAGCGGGGAACGAGGAAUUAAACUAACUCGCCGAACCUUGCGGAGGUGCUCACGUAGUACUGCUAAAUCUAAUACAAUUCGGGUGCACGUCCCACUAAACAC